CGUCACCGGGUGGCCAAACAGGACAGCCGGCCGGCCGGCCGGCGUACCCGGCGCCCGAACUCGCACGAAGCAUUUCCUUCGGAGUAGCGCAAAUCGGCGCAGAACGUCGUUGGCUCUCGUUGAGUGCAAACGCGCGCUUGUUAAUUGUAGGGUAGUAAAUUGGAAGAGAGAAAGUAACAAGGAGAAAAAUGGCAGAGGACAAGAACGAGACAAGCCCGAACGCUGAGGGUGAAAACCCGCAACAGGAGGCAACACCGCCCGCAAAGCAGGAAAAAGAAGAACCUAAGGAAACGAAGGAGGAAGAGAAAAAGGCCGAGGAGAAUGGCGAGGGUGAAAAGGCGAGAGAGAACGGCGAGGAAAAGCCGACGCCAGAGCCGAAGGAUAUGCGAGCCAUCGUGCUCAACGGUUUCGGGGGACUCAAAAGUGUGAAAGCUCUGAGAAAGCCCGAACCCACCCUUGGCGAAGGAGAAGUUCUCAUACGCGUCAAGGCAUGUGGUCUAAACUUUCAAGAUUUAAUGGCACGACAAGGUGCGAUCGAUUCACCCCCAAAAACACCCUUCAUUAUGGGAUCAGAGUGUGCUGGAGAUAUCGAGCAAGUUGGCGAAGGAGUUGAGAAUUUUAAAGUGGGUGACAGAGUGGUUGCAUUACCUGAUCAUAAAGCAUGGGCUGAAUUAGUAGCCGUCCCGGCGACGUCUGUUUUUGCAUUGCCACCUGGCAUGAGUUAUUUGGAUGCGGCUGCUACUACUAUGAAUUACACCGUAGCGUACAUCUUACUUUUCGAACUGGCCAAUCUAACGCCUGGAAAGUCGCUUUUGCUACACAGUGCCGGUGGUGGCGUUGGUCAAGCUGUAGUCCAACUUGCUAAGACUGUGAAAGAUGUAACCAUUUUUGGUGUCUGCAGCAAGUCAAAGCACGAGGCUCUUAAAUCAUCUGGCACUAUAGAUUAUUUGCUAGAAAGAGGCACAGAUUAUAGUAACGAAGUCAGAAAAAUUUCAUCCGAAGGCGUAGAUAUAGUUUUGGAUUGUUUAUGCGGCGAGGAAUGUAACAAGGGAUAUGCUCUCUUGAAACCUAUGGGAAAAUAUAUUCUGUAUGGUUCUAGUAACGUCGUAACCGGCGAAACGAAAAGCUUUUUCUCGGCGGCACGAUCGUGGUGGCAGGUAGACAAAGUUUCUCCCAUAAAGUUAUUCGACGAGAACAAAACGUUGUCCGGUUUGAAUCUUCGUCAUUUAAUGUAUCAACAUGGUGGCCAUGCGUAUGUCCGUCGAGCUGUUAAUCAAGUAUUCUCAUUGUGGAGUGAGGGUAAAAUAAAGCCUGUGAUGGAUUCAACAUGGGCUCUUGAGGAUGUGCCCGAAGCAAUGCAGAAGAUGCACGAUCGAAAGAAUAUUGGAAAAAUUGUACUCGAUCCGAGCUUGGAACCGAAACCAAAACCAGCUACGCCAGCGAAAGGAAAAGCAAAAGACAAGAAGGCUACCAAUCAAGAAGAGAAGAAAGCAUCGAGCGUCGAAUCUGAGGAAGGUGAAAAGAAAAAAGAACCAGAAUUGAUAAAUGGAACAUCUGAGGAUAAGUCUGAUAGUGACUCGAAGGAAAAAGAAUCAAGCUGAAUUGUCGGCUCUAGCUAAUCAUAAUAAAAAAAAGGAAAAAAAAAAAGAAAAAAAAAGGAAAAAAAAAAAAAGAAAAAAAAUUGUCAUUUAUGAGAAGCAAGAACUUUCACCGAUGUAUCAAGAAACCCAUAUUGUUACUGUCUGACGAAAAAAAAAAAAGAAAAAAAUAAUUUAAUUCGACUUCUAUAUUACUUGCAUGCAGUUUGAUGAAACGAUAUAACGUAAUCGGAGGUCAUGAUUCUCGAACCCAAGACUUAGGAACAAAAGAGUAAGUUUUCUCGAUUAAAGAAAAGGAUCGAUAGUAAAUGUAAGUUGUUAACGAAUCGUCGGACAUUAUCAAUUUUCAUUAUAAUAAUUUAGAUAAGUUAUUUUUAAUAAGUUACGUUCGAAGUGACGGAUAUGAAAUUAUUUACAUUAUUUUUUUAUUUUUUAUAUUUUUCUUUUUUCCUUCUUUUUCUUUUCUUUUUCUUUCUCUUUUUUUUUAAGAAAAAAAAAAAAAAAAACUGCUUAAUAUAUCUGUUCUAUUAAACAUUGAAAGUUCAUAAGGCUAAUAAUUGAUACAGAAACGUCAACAAUCACCUAAUUAUAUUGGAAAAAAAGUAUAAAAUGGGAACAACAAAAAUAGAAAUAUCAUUUUGACGCGGUCCACUAAUAGUUUACAAUCGCUAGAUAUAUUUAUCUUUAUCUUUUAACACUGGCCGAACGGUUUAGUUCGUACAGCACAAAGUAGCCAUUAGUUACUCGUUAAGAGAAAGGUUUGAUAACCUGAAUCAUCUCUGUGAUUAUUUUAGUAUGUUCGUGUAAUGUAUUUUAUGCGUACUUACCAAAAUACUCGAGGUCUCUCAUAAUUAUAAAAAUGGAAUUCAUUAGAAACAUAAAUAUUCUAAUCUUAUCUCUAUUAUUGACUGUCCAAAUGAAAUAAUAUAGUAGUCAGUUUUUGUAUUUUAUAUCGUUUUUAUAUUCUGAUUUUACAUGUUUUUCUAUGUAUAAUUUUAAUUUAAUGGGAUAUGUUUAUUUAUUCUGGUUUGUUGAGAGACCUAUAUAAAGUUACAUUGAAGAAAAAAUAGUAACACGGAGUUAGUUACAUUAUAUAUUCAUGCCAAUUUUUUCGCUCUAAUUUUAUUAUAUUGACCAUGGUAUUGUAAAGAAGGAAACAAACAAAAAGAAACUUAUUUAUCUUUUAUUAUGUCUUAUUAUCUACUUGAUUAUUUAUUGAUAAAGGAAAGUGCACAACUAUCUGAAUAUGUGUAAACAAAAGAUUAUUAAAUUUUGAUAAUGUCUCGAAAUCUUUGAAAUAUAUCUGCUGGUGCAACCAAAUAUCAAAUUGACUGCUACUGGAGAGUUAAAAAAAGGAAAUGAAAAAAAAGAAAACGAGAAGUCACAUAAAUCAUUUUUCAAAGAAAUUGUGGUAACUCUUGCAACGAUUUUUCAACGACCUAUUUUUGAUAAUAAUUUUUAAAUGCCUGCGUUUUUUAAAAGAAAUACAGAUCAAUAAAUCCGAGCUCAGACGCUCAUAAAGUAUUGGAAAGGAAGUCUUAGAGUUGCCUUCCAUCAAUUUCAUUCGUAUCAGUCAGGAUGUGUAGUUUUUGUACCAAUACAAGUAUUGUAUCAUCAAUACUAAUUUAGAUUUACUAUUCAGAAUGUUACUUGCUAGCUAGAAAUUUCUCGAUCUAUUUAAUAAGAUAAAAAAAGAAAAAAAAAUGAAAAGAAAAAUACUGCUUUAUAAUAUGCAAUAAUAAUAAUAUAUGAUAAUUCAAACAAGUUAGUUGAAAAUACUUUAUUUUAUGCAAAUUUUUCAAUUUCAAAUAAAUUUUUCAUUAUUUAGCGAAUAAUUAGGAAACUUGUAGAUUUUUGAAAUAGAUAUUUAAUGACAAAUUUGUUGCCGUUAAGCGUGCAAGGAACGACGUAUUCGUCAAAAUGAGAGAAAGAGAGAGAGAGAGAGAGAGAGAGAGAGAGAGAGAGAGAGAGAGAGAGAGAGAGAGAGAGAAAGAGAGAAAGACAUUUCUUCGAACGAGAAAAAGAAAAAAAAAUCUGUAUACAGCGAGAAUGUUCAUGAAAUUGUAUGAUUUGUCGAUCCUUUGAAGCUUCUCCGGAAAGCUUUAAAUUAUAACCAGCUUGCUUUUAUUUAACAAAACGUACGGCCUUUAAUGUUUACGUAAGGAUACUUGCUAUUGUAAGAUCUAUUACGAAUAAAAAAAUCCUCGUAAUGAUAUUAAAGAAUAGAAAAGAAAAGAAAAGGAAAAAAUUAAAAAAAAAAAAAAAGUUAAAAAAAUAAACCAAGAAAGAGAAAGAUUAGGUUCGUCGAAGAAUUUCUCGGACGAAAUGUUACUCGAAAUGAAAAAAAGGAACAUGUUUGAUGGAAAAAAAAAAAAAACAAAACAAAAAAAUGCAUAUCUUUCCGAAGCGUUUCGAACCAUUUCACUCGAUUGGUUCCGCUCUAGGAUUUGAUACUAAUCACUGUAUACCGAGAUAAUCUGUAUUAUACUAAUCGCUAUCGAAAAAUUACGAGUUUAUAUACCGAGGAUAUUGUUUCGACUUUCAUCGCUAGAAAUAGGGAAACGUAAUAGUGACUAAAAAAAAAAAGAAAAAAAAAAUUUUUUUCUAGUAUCAAUACUGCCGUAUCAAAAAAUCUCUUGGUCCAAAAUUACAUCGUAUAUUAUAUAUUAUCAAUUACCUUUACUCGUGAGAAAAAGUGUGUAUCGAUUAUGAAUGAAGAAGAGAAGAAGAAGGAAAGAAACAAAAAAAAGGAGCUAAGAAACUUUAAAUAUGGGUGCAUAUUUUGAGACGUCUUUUAAAAAAAAAAAAAAAAUAAAUAAAAAUAAAAAGAAAGUAAGAAGAAGAACACAUCUUACAUCCGUUUCGACGUGACGCAACGAUGUUACGCGAUAUAUUCAUACGAAAAAGAAAAUACCAACAAUAACAUGAUGUAAUAUUAUCGCAUAAACAAAACGUAUGAGGAAUACACACAUCACAUUGUAUAUUUUACGUAAGGCUUUAAAUGUUUAAUCAAAUAACUCUAUUAUAUUAUAAUAUAUCUAUAUAUUUGUAUCGAUGGUUUUUCCCGCCCUAUUUGAUUUUAGAGUUUAGGUCUCUAUGUCACGAGAGAACGUCAAAAUGCAAGUGUUUAGUGGCACACUGAGGAACCCCUCCCGAAUAAAAAGAAAAAAGGACUUAUUUCGAUGAGUAACAAUAAAUUGUAAUAUUGUGAUUGCAAUGUUUGUUGUGAGCGAUGCGAUGAACGUAAUUAGGACAGAACUUAAUGAAUGUCACGAGUCCUCAGAUUGGGCUAAGCAAAGCAGUAGUAACGUUUCGGAAGCUUUAGAAGCUUCUCGUUAGAUGUCGUUUAUAAUUCUUAUUGAAAAUACGCGCGAAUUAUGAACAAGAUCUAUCCUCCGACUUGUGCUCGAUUGGUUUGUCGACCGAAGAACGAUAAAAAUUUUCUUUCUCAUUUUUCUUUCUUUCUUCCCUUUUUUUUUUUUUUAAAUUCUUCGGUAUUAUAAUCGAGUGCAAGUUAAUUAGAAUCAACAAUAGAAAGUAGUUGAUUAGAAAUGCAGAGACACGUUUGAAAGCAGAUAACCGAACUGAUUAUUGGUAAUUUGCUUUCAUUUUCAUCGUAGAAUCACUUGUAAAUCCUUCUUUAGACAUUCUUUAAAAAUUGCAUCAUUUCAUUUAUCUAGAUAUUAUUUUUAAUAUAAUUGAUACGUCAGGACGUAUAUAAUAAAAUUUGUUGUUGAGCAUAGUCCUUCUAGGAAAAUCCGUACCAAGGACAUAAAAAUUUGCUAUGCUCUAGUCAUAAUUUGUCCUUUGAAAUUCAAUAUGAAUAAUAAGGGGUUCAUCAGCGAUAGGUCUUAUAUUAUUUAAGAAAAUUUCGUUAAAUAGGGCGUAAUGCGUUAUAUUUUAUCUCAAGAGAGAAAGAGAGGGAGAAAAAAAGGAAGAGAUAGCAACAUCGAAGAGAGAGUGUAGGACCUACGAUUUCGCAAACGUGAUACAUUAUAAUUAUGUGUAAAAUUGUAAAAUUCGUCGCGAUAGUACGGGCAAGAUCAACGUGCUUUCUUUUUUCUUGAGUGAUUAUUAUCCUUUAUCAGCCAUAAUUUCUCUAAACGAUGGAAACGCACUCAGCAAGGGAAACGCGUUUUUCGCCCGUUCGUCGCUAGCUUGAUAUAUAGAUUGUAUUUUUGGCUUAUUAUUGUAAGACUGACUAUGUUGCUAUAUUAAAGAUUGCUUCAAAAAUA